AUGGCGGUUGAAGACACUGAGAGUGAUAAUUCGCAACACAACUUACACAAUGGAGGUAAUGGUGAUAAUUUUGAUCCAUUUUUCAUUGCUAAUUCGGAUAAUCCUACAUCUUCAUUAGUUGCUGUUGUGUUUACUGGUGUAAACUUUGUUAGAUGGAGUAGAAAUGUAAGGCGAGCUUUGAUUGCUAAAAACAAAAAAGGUUUCAUUAAUGGAGAGAUUACAAAACCAGCAGUUAAUCAUAAAGAUUAUCUAAAAUGGAAACGAGCUGAUUUUAUGGUUAUAAGCUGGAUCUUGAGUUCAAUGAAUAAUGAUCUAGCUGAUGAUUUUGGUUACAUUGAUAAUGCUGCUGAAUUGUGGAAAGAAUUGACUGAAAGAUUUGGUCAGUCUAAUGGUCCUUUGAUUUAUCAACUAAAGAAAGAAAUUGAGAAUCUCACUCAACAGAAUAUGACUAUUGUCACAUAUUAUGGGAAGCUGAAGAAACUAUGGGAUGAAAUGCAGAAUAUGAGAGCAUUUUCUACUUGCACAUGUGGUGCAAUGAUUCACUGUAGUUGUCAAUUCUUGAAAAAGAUAGCUGAAUUUGAAGAAGAGGAUAAAAUGAUGAAGUUCUUGCUAGGAUUAAAUGGAGGUUUUGAUGGCACUGUAACAAAUGUGUUAUCUAUGGAUCCUUUGCUUAGCAUUAACAGAGUGUUUUCCAUAACUCAACAAAUAGAGAAGCAAAAAGAAUUGAGCAGUGCUAUUGCCGAUUGUAAUGCAAUGACUAGCAGUGCUAUGGCCACACAAGCUUACAAGGGUGGACAGAUUCAGAAGCAUGCUGUUGGUUCUGGUAGGAAAGAUUGGAAAGAAUUGAAAAAGGAAAAGCUGAAUCGAAUUUGCACUCAUUGCAAAGGCAAAGGACAUACAGCUGAUCAGUGUUUUAAACUCAUUGGUUAUCCAGACUGGUAUAACACUAUUAAGGCUUCAAAGGGAAGUAGUUCUACUAGUGGUAGGCUUGCAGCAAAUGUGACAUAUUCUGAUGAUAUUGGAGAUGAACCUUUGGGCAAUACAAGUGCUGAUGGAAGAAUUUUGAAUAAUGACAUGCUUAAUGCUAUCUGUCAGGAAGUUAUGAAAGUCAUGAAUAGCAAACAAUCUCAGAACACUGAUGCAACUGGAGCUAGUUGUUCAUAUGUCAAUUAUGCAGGUAUUCUCUCUCACUCAUUCAAUUGUGCUAUUAAUAAAUUGCAUGAUGAAUGCCUGUGGAUUGUUGAUUCUGGUGCAUGUGAUCACAUGACUUAUGAUGAAACCAUCUUAACCAACAUAAGGACACUCUUCACCCCAAUCAAAGUUGGACUACCUGAUGGUUCUCAAUUGACUGUUGAUACUAUUGGUGAUACUGUCUUGAGCACUAAAUUAGUCCUAUAUAAUGUCCUAUUGGUUAAAGGUUUUAAACAUAAUCUGUUGUCUAUUGGUAGACUAAUUGAACAUUCUGGUAUGAAAGUUAUAUUCACUAGCACUGGAUAUACUUUCCAGGACCCUGCUAGUGAUGAAUUGAUAGGUGCUGGAAAAAGGACAAAUGGUUUAUAUUACUUUGUCACAUCUUCAAACAACAAGUUGUCAAGUGCUGCAGUCAACAAAGGUAUCAUUCAUCAGCAACCAAGUUGUAAUACUGUAGGAAGUGUUCCUGAUGUAAAUAAGAUUGAUGAGAAUGAAGUUGUAUUACCAAGCAAGACUGCUACUGGUGUCUCUCAGGCUAAAGAGUUGGAUAGAAAUAAAUUACACAUGCUUCAUGCUAGAUUAGGACAUCCAUCCCUGUCAAAGAUGAAGUGUGUGAAUUCUGAGUUUUGUAAAGGAUUUUCUGAAUAUAAUUGCAUUGUGUGUUACAAAGCCAAGCAACAUAAACUGCCUUUUACUAUUAGUACUAGUCAAGCUAAUGCAUGUUUUGAUCUGAUUCAUGUGGAUUUAUGGGGUCCAUAUAAAGUCAGAAACAUAGAUGGAGCUUCUUAA